AUGCUUCUUCUAUCAAUUCUAUUUCAAUUUGGCAUAGCCUGGUUGCUUCUAACUGAUUUAAAUGGAAUGAAAUCUGGUAGUAGUAACACUAUUAACAAAGAAAUUGGAAAGAAAAGAGCUUUGGUUAUUGCUCCCAACUUUCUUGAAGUUCAUUUUAAAAUGCUUAGUGUCUUCGCCAAUGUGCUGACCGAAAAGUUUAAUGUGCACUUUCUAAUUCUGAACACCAAAAAUGUAAAAGUUGGAAAAAAUUUCAAUUAUGGAAUUGAUACUGAAAAUUUUACACAUGGAGACGGAAGAAAUAAAGAAGGCGGAAAUACAUAUCAAAUUAUGAGUAUUUCAGCUGAUUAUCCCAAAAAAUUGGACGAUGGCGUAAAUAGUCUUGAGAAUAAAUUCUUAAAGAGAGGAUUUGAACAGAAUAGUCAAAUUCUCACAAAUGAAGCUUACAUCGUGUUUGAAGGUAAAAAUUCCUUUCCUCAAGGCAACCACGAAAUGAAACGUUUAUCCCAUGCUUUGUUUGAGUCUAUUCAAACUUUCUUUUCAAUUACUCAUCCCUCUGAAGAACUUGAUGCAGAGUUCGAUUUGGGAUUUUUUGACACUUGGGACACAGGAGCUCUCUUUAUUUUCCAUGAAGCAGGAAUUAAAAAUGUUUUUGGCAUUAACAACACCCAACUUAAUGCUUACCAAUUUAAAUAUGCUGGGAAGGACUUUCCAAAAAAUGUCCCAGAAAUUUAUUCGGCACGAAUAGGCGAUAAUGAAUUAUUUAGUCCUAACCGACUUAUUAUUACCAAUGCAAUGGAAGGAAGACAAAAAGAAAUACUUGAACAAUAUGAAAAAAGUUUAGAAAUCUUCUCAUCUGUUCAUAGCAAAUUGGUUAAUUAA